AUGAGCCAUGAGGAGCCAAGCUUCAAGAAAAACAUUCAAGUGGAAGAUAUUGUUGAGGCAGAGGAUGCUGAAGAAGAAGAGGAAGUACAAGACAUGGUUGAAGAAGAAUCAACUCAACCAAGGAACAGCGCAUCAAAAGCAGCUGAAGCUACCAGAGACGCCAUCCCUAUUCCAUUUCCACACCUUGCAAGGAAGUCCAGAAAGCAGAUGGAGCUCGACCCCAAAAUGGACAAAAUUAAUGGAUUAGAAACUAUUCCUUUAGGCAGUUCCAUUUCUACAUUAAUGGGUGAUAUCCCAGAAAAGUAUAGUGACCCAUGUCCAUGCAUGGUUACUUGUACUAUUCAGGGUGUACAGUUUUUUUACUGCAUGUGUGAUUUAGGUGCAUAUGUGAGUAUUAUGCCAUUAUCUAUAUAUGAUGCUUUGAGGCUACCCCCCGUGAAAAGGUCAGUAGCACAUUUUGUUUUGGCAGAUAAAAGCAUUAUUUCUGUGGUUGGAAUUGCUGAGGACGUGCUGAUGAGAAUUAAGGGGCUCAUAUUCCCCAUUGACUUCUACAUCUUGGAGAUGCCCCCUAAUGACUCAGGAAGACCAUCAUCCAUCCUGCUUGGAAGGCCAUUCCUGAAGACUUUAAAAUUCAAAUUAGAUGCCUUCUCAGGAACUUAUUCUUUUGAGAUAAACGGCCGAGCAGUAAGCUUCAAUCUGAAUGAGGCUUUGAAGCAUCCUCUGGAAGACCAUUCCAUCUUCCAGUGCGACAUCAUUGAUGAGACCGUAGCUGCAGUUCACCAAGAAGAAGUAGAAGAGAUGCACAUGGAGCAAGGUCUAAGUGUGGGGAAACCAUCUGAACACAAUGAGGACACUUUGCCAUCAUCACUAGCUCCAGAAGAUCCAAUGCCCAGUCAGGAGUAG